GUUUCGUAAUCAAAGCGCGCGCAAUUUAUGUAAACAUGAUUUUUCACGUGCAUAAACACGACAUAUCGACCUAUGGCUAUGGUCAAGCUGCAUUGACAUGUGUUCAAGCGCAAGCUCUCGCUCGACUGGCUAUCAGAUGCUGAAUCUGCUAUAAAUGAUUGCAACCAAAACAUUUUAUAAAUCAGCUAAUAUGGCACCUGUAACUCGCACUCGAAAUCCAAGACCAACGAGGGAAGGAGGUCCCGCAGCAGCCGAAUCAACGUUGGCUUCGAAGAGAGCAAAACGGACUUCUGUUAGUUUGAAAGCAGAGACGCCAGCUGCCGACUCGUCCCCCGCCGUCAGACGCUCACCUAGAGUUUUGAAAAAGGUCGCGAAGGUGUCGCCGACAAAGACAAACAUCUUAAAGGAAAAUGUUAAGAGAGGGAAGGGAAAGGUGAAGAAGGAAAUCAAGGAGGAGGAGGAGGAUGAAGAAGAGGAGAAUAUGGAUAUCAGACCUUUAAAAGAAGAAUCAGAUGUAGAAAUGAGUGAUGGUGAGGAGACCCACCCUGGUUUAUCAGAAUAUGAGAGGAGGAGGAUGGAGAACAUCUCCAAGAAUGCUGAGUUCUUCGCUUCUCUUGAUAUCUUCAAGGCCAAAGAAAAUCUUAUUGCUCUCAGUCCUCAAGCCCAGAAACCCAAGAUACAGACCAGAGGACUAAAGAGUCAGAGACAGUCCCAUUCUCCUAUUGUCCGAAGACCACCCUCGCUCCGUCUGCAGAAGAAGAGCCCGGAAGGAACAGCAUUACCCGAGGGUUUUAAGGAACCACCUCUUCAAAGUUAUUACACACAGCAGACCAGAGAACGCGAGAGAUUGCCCUCUGACCCCAUAAAGAUGGAUGCCACGAACGUCAAGAAAGAGGACAAGACAGAUGCUGGAGCUGACUUUGUGAAGGGGCUGGCUGCCCUCGCCAAGGGGAAAAAGACAAGCAUCAAGGCUGAUGAAAGGGAUCUUGACAAGUUUGCCACACAACUCCAGAAGAUGAAGACGAAGCCUCAAUACGUUGCUAAGGUGGUCCCGGAGCGCAUCUUCUCCGUCGUCGUUCACCCGUCCGUUGACAAGACCAUAGUAGCAGCUGGAGACAAGUGGGGAAAGAUCGGUCUUUGGGACGUGAAUUCCUCUAAAGGCGAUGAUGGGGUCUUCCUUUUCGCUCCUCAUGCCAGACCCGUGAAUUGUCUUCGGUUUGCACCCAACGAUCCAAACAAACUUUACUCCGUGUCUUACGAUGGGACAGUGCGGUGUGGGGACUUCGCUCAUGCGUUGUUUGAUCAGGUAUAUGUAGCAGAUGACGAUGAAAUCAUGUGGACAAGCUACUUUGACUUUCUGUCGGAAACCUCGCUUCUUGUUACAUCAAAUGAUAGGACUGGAAACGUAGCAGUGGUUGACACUAGAACGAGCAACAAGAGCGGUGAGACGGUGUACAAGGCCCACCCUCGGUAUAUUAAAACUCUCUCCGUCCAUCCCACCAUGCCUCACUACUUUGUUACUUGCUCAAAUGACUGCACGGCCCAACUGUGGGACAUCCGUAGCAUGAAGGAGAGCGGGAGCAACAAGUCCAUCGCAGUGAUGCCGCACAGCAAGAGCGUCAACUCCGCAUUCUUCUCACCGAUCAACGGAUCAAGGAUACUCACUACCUCCCAUGACGAUAAGAUCAGCAUCUUUGAUACUGAGAGUGCUAAGACUGGGCAACUGAAAGGAGUUCAACGAACUCUAUGGAUGAGUCAUAAUAACUAUACUGGUCGGUGGCUCACUGUAUUCCGAGCAGCAUGGCAUCCGAGAAGAGAAGAUGCAUUCGUUGUUGGAAGCAUGUCACAGCCGAGAAGGAUCGAGGUGUUUAGCUCGAAGGGAAAGCCUGUCCACUUUUUCUAUGACGAUCACCUAGCGUCGGUCUGCUCUAUCAACGCGUUUCAUCCAACAAGAGAUCUAUUGGCUGGCGGAAAUUCUAGUGGAAAACUCCACGUCUUUAUGACAUAAAAGUGGAACAUUAGAGUUUCAGUAAUGUUCUUCAGCCAUCUCUUUGAGAUGCAUUCUUUGCGGAGCUUAUUCGUACCUGAGAUGAGAGAAUUGGAUUGACAUUUUCAUCUGAGUCUUCUGUUUGUCAGGAGCAAUUAUGGUGGAAAACUGUCACGUAACAGAUUUCUUGGUGGAAAUUCUAGCGGAAAGCUCAAUAUCCCCAUUGGCAUAAACUGGUAAUACACAUUGAUGUGCAAAAUGUUUAAGAUGAUGUUUGUGCUUCCAUCUCUUUAAUAUGCUUCUUUGAAGGAGAUGAUGUGUGACAAAGAACUGAGCAUUUAAUUGAUGGUUUUAUUAGAGUGAUCCAUUUCUUGGUGGCAAUCAUAGUCUAGUAGAUGAGGUCUAGUGAUUGCAAAGAUUUCUAGUGGAAAACUCCAUAUUGUUAUGACGUCUCGUGUACAUGAUAAUGAUGAUGAUAAAAGUCAUCACUUAAUAUUCUGAUGACUGAGCGUGUAAUUGAUGCUUUCAGCUCAGUGACCCCUGUGUUGGCAGAAUUCAUAUUCAGAAGAUUCAUGUCUAGAGAACAAGAUCUAUUGGUUAGCAGAAAUUCUAGCUGAAAAUUCCAUAUUGUCGUGACAUUAAUUGUAACGAUUCGUGUUGAUCUGCAUAAUAUUUAAGAUGAACUAUGUUUUCAAGCAUCUAAUAUUCUGAGGAACUAAGCAUUUUAGCAAUUUUUUUCAAGCUUGUGGGAAACCUCACUGAAAGUUAUGUGUCUAGUGAACAAGAUCCAUUUAUUGUCAGACAAUCUGUACCAGUAGUCGAGUCCACAUCUUCAUGGCAUUAUUUGUAACUCCAUAUAUCGUUCUGCACGAUAUUUUGAAAAUUUAUUCAAGUUUUUGCCUCAGCCUUAAUACGAGUAAGACAGCUAUGGGGUGAUAAGCCUUCAAGGCAGAAUUCUCGAAUGAAACACAUUAAAACCAAAAUCAGUUACAAAACUAUGAGCACUUAUUAAGAUUUAUAGAAAUGAACUUGGUGUAUGAAAAACAGAGCUGCCAAGUAGUACGGAUUAUCCGUAUUUAGUACUGAAAAAUGAGAAGAAUACUAAUGGUUUCAUGCAAAAUACUGAUUUCUUUAGUUUCCGUUUUAUGUGUUGUCCAUUGAUAUUUCUUUGAAAAUACUUAUUUCCCCACCAAAAUACAGAUUUUCAGCGUGAAAAAUACUGACAUGUUCUUGUUCAGGUUGGCACCUCUGGUGUAAUAUAUUGUAACCUAGGGUAUUUUUAUAUCACCCAAUCAAAGUUGUAACAGUGUUUCAAACUUUUAUUUGUAUACAUGAUAUAUUUGUUGUGUGUCAUAUCUGUGUCUGUAACAUCAAAGGUAGUGUUCUGGUGUCUUUGUCUGAAUGCCUCAGGUAUUACAAAUAUUUGUAAACAGACUAAUAAAUUUUCGCCAUGAAGUUGAUCCUGAAGUGUUUUGCCUUUCACCCUUCAAAAGUGAAGCAAUUGUUCAAACUUCUUGUGGGAAAACUUAAUAUGUGAUAUGAUCUUCAGCCACGUCUCUCUAAGUUAUGACAAGAUCGAAUAAACGUUGUAUCGGUGGUCCAACUUUAUCUAAUAUUCAGCUUUAAUGUAUCUUUUUCCUGACCUCUCCACAUCUAUUGCUCUGACCUCAAAGACAUCGUUUCUGGUGUCGAAAUUCUGCAGGAAGUUCAAAUAUUUGUAUUACAGAAUGUAAUUCUAGAGAUCUUCCAAAAGAGACCAAAACAGUAUAUAAAGAAGCGGUGAAAAUUGAUGGCAUGGUGAAAGAUAUAUGGAAAUAGUACUAUUAUAUAUUGUGUGUGUAAAGUUUUUUUUUUUUACAUUUGUGUUAUAACUUUAUUAUAAUGUAUAUCCUUUUUAGUGUAGAUGUUGAAGAUGUUGAGUAACUGUAAGGUUUUAUAAUAAAAACAUAGUUUUUUAUCAA